CGCAGACAGUCGCAUCGCUGCCAUUCGCUCGGUUCCAUCGGGAGGCCAUGGGCCAGGAGGAGAGCCACAGCGGGGAGAUGAACCAGGCCCAGAUCCAGGAGCUGUGCCUGGUCUUCAUGAAGGAGUGUCCGAGCGGCGCCCUCCACCUGCACGAGUUCAAGAGGAUCUUCGGGGUGGUGAGCAGCUCGGCGGAGGAGUCGCUCUACAUCGAGACGGUGUUCCACUCCUUUGACACCAACAAGAACAACACGCUGGACUUCAUGGAGUACGUGGCGGCGCUCCACCUGAUCCUGAGGGGGAACCUGGAGGAUCGGCUCAAGUGGUCCUUCAAGAUGUACGACACGGACGGGAACGGCAUGCUGGACCGGCACGAGGUGAAGCAGAUCAUCCGGAUUCUUUAUAAAAUCAAACUCCAGAAGAGUGACAUCAGCAUGACGCCAUCGGAAAUCUGUGACCGGAUCUUUGACCUGGUGGAUCAGAAUCAUGAUGGUCUGAUCACCUUGCCUGAAUUCAUGGAGGGAGCUCAGAAGGAUGAGUGGCUCAUGAACCUCCUCAAGUUGGACGUCAACGCCACCGGUUGGGUCAUCCAGAACUGUGGGAAGUUACCAUGACCUCCCCCUUGGUGGGAGGCGCUGCUUGCAGGUUUUUCUUUGAGGCCAACUCAGAGGUGUGUCUCACCUGUGUCUCACCUGUGUCUCACCUGUGUCUCACCUUCGUCUCCAAGCUUCCUUUGAUUCAAAGCCGGAGCUCGGCUGCAGUUCUGCUGUGAUUUUGACCGUGUUCCGAUUCCUCGCUGCAUGGCCUCUGGACUGUUGUGGCCUUCAGCUGAUGUCACUAUCUCACGA